AUGGGCGAGUUCAAACCCAAGCUACCGCCCGUCGGCCCUCCGCCCGUCGAGAAACCCAUCCCUCUCACCAUCCUCCUCCUCAGGUCUCUCCUCGCGCAGCGGCAGAAAAUCUUCCUCACAGCCGCCGCCCAGCUCCUCAUAUGCACCCUCUUCCCCGGCCGCUACGCCGCCGUGCCCAUCGCCACGCUCGCCCUCGCCAUCACCACCACCCAACUCGCCGACCUGUUCCUCCCGCGCCCCGCCCCGCCCCCGUCCUACAUGGCCGCCGUGGUCCCCGGCCGGACCACCGCCCUCCUCCCCGGGCCGUCCGGCGCCUUCGGCUCGUCGCCCUCGUCCCGGCCCCUCGUCGCCUUCAACAUCGGCGCGCAGUUCAACCACCCCCGCGGCCCGCUGUGCCCGCACGGCAAGGAAAUCGCCCACAUGUUCGCCGACAUGAAACACGCGCUGCUGCAGCGCCGCGACGAGCUGGGGCUCAUCAGCGUCGCCGACUGGGUCGGCUCGCGGCCCGGCGCCGCCGACACCCUCAUGGCCAGCUACUUCUUCCGCGAUGUCGAGAGCGUCCACCGCUUCGCGCACGGGGAGAUGCACCGCCGCGCGUGGGACUGGUACAACGCCGUGCGGCCGGACCACAUUGGCAUCUUUCACGAGACCUUUGUCGUGCCGGCGCACUCGUACGAGACCAUCUACGCCAACUGCACGCCCGUCAUGCUGGGCGCCGGCGUCGUCAGGUGUGCCGAGAUGGAGGGCGAGAGGAACUGGAGGAAUACCCUUGUCAGCGCGGAUAGCGCCGAGCUGAAGAGCCAGUGGCAGAGGAUGAACAGGGACGGGAGCGGGAUCCCGAAACAAUGA